AGCAGCGCGCGCAAAACAAGAACACUCAAUAAAGAGAUAAAGAUCCUUUCUGUUUCGAAUCUAUUUUUCUUCUCUCUAUUUCCUAUCAAUUCCAUUGAUUCACAGAAAUCGAAUUCUACGUUAAUGGUGGUGUUGUUGAUUGGCUGGGACUGUUAAGGUUUGCGUACAAUGGCUACGGCGUCGUCUUCGACUCCAGCAGAGUUCGAUUACCUUUUCAAGUUGUUGCUGAUUGGGGAUUCUGGCGUUGGGAAGAGCGCGUUCCUCUUGAGCUUCACUUCCAAUACCUUCGAGGAUCUCUCUCCGACAAUAGGUGUGGAUUUUAAGGUGAAACAUAUUACCAUUGGGGGAAAGAAGUUGAAGCUUGUAAUUUGGGACACAGCUGGACAAGAAAGAUUUAGAACUCUAACUAGCUCAUAUUACAGAGGAGCUCAAGGGAUAAUAAUGAUGUAUGAUGUAACAAGGCGAGAAACCUUUACAAAUCUAUCUGAUAUAUGGGCCAAGGAAAUUGACUUGUACUCAACAAAUCAAGAUUGCAUCAAGAUGCUUGUUGGCAACAAAGUUGAUAAGGAGGGUGAAAGGGUUGUAAGCAAAAAAGAGGGUAUUGACUUUGCAAGAGAAUAUGGAUGCCUUUUCUUGGAAUGUAGUGCGGCAACUCGAGUCAAUGUGGAGCAAUGCUUCGAGGAGCUUGUAUUAAAGAUUUUGGAGACGCCUAGUCUCUUGGCCGGGGGCUCAGCUGGGGUGAAAAAGAUUAUCAUCUUCAAACAGAAACCUCCACAAUCUGGUGCUUCCGCUAGUGGCUGCUGCUCUUGUGGAGCCCAUACAACGGACAGAGUGGAGAGGGACCCAGAACCAGAAGGUGGGGGCAUGAACACGCUAGUAGAGGAUUCUGCCACCACCACCCCCGCUACUGAUCCCGGCAACGUUACAAAUCCGUCGGAGCCGAAGACCCUCGCCGGUGAUUCCGUUCCGGAGGCGAAAUAUGCCCCCCCGAGACCACUAGCGCCGGCGAUCAUAAUGUCCUCCAAAGAACCCGAUGCCAUUUUCAGCGGUGGCGGCAUCAGCUUUCUUACUGGAAGCCAAAAUGGAAGUUUCAACUAUGGAUAUUCCACUUUCAAGGGUAAGAGAGCUUCCAUGGAGGAUUUCUACGAGACUAGAAUUUCCGAAGUUGAUGGUCAGAUGGUCGCAUUUUUUGGCGUUUUCGAUGGCCAUGGGGGUUCGAGAACUGCUGAAUACCUAAAAAACAACCUUUUCAAGAAUUUAAGUAGCCACCCAGAUUUUAUCAAAGACACAAAGACAGCUAUUGUUGAAGUAUUUAGACAGACAGAUGCUGAUUACCUCAAUGAAGAAAAAGGCCAGCAAAAGGAUGCUGGUUCAACUGCAUCAACUGCUCUGCUGUUAGGUGACCGGCUGCUUGUUGCAAAUGUUGGUGAUUCCAGAGUAGUUGCCUCUAGAGCUGGUUCAGCUAUUGCUUUGUCGAUUGAUCACAAACCUGAAAGAUCUGAUGAGCGUGAACGGAUUGAACAGGCUGGAGGUUUCAUCAUUUGGGCAGGCACUUGGAGGGUUGGUGGUGUUCUUGCCAUUUCUCGUGCAUUUGGAGACAAACUACUAAAGCAAUAUGUUGUUGCUGAGCCAGAAAUCCAGGAAGAAGAAAUUGAUGGUGUAGAUUUUAUAAUUCUUGCUAGUGACGGACUUUGGAAUGUCAUAUCGAAUAAGGAUGCUGUGGCUUUAGUACAGGAUAUAUCAAAUGCAGAGGAGGCAUCAAGAAGACUUGUAACAGAAGCUUAUGCCCGAGGAAGUUCUGAUAAUAUCACUUGUAUCGUUGUUCGGUUUGAUGUUUCAUGAGCAGACGCAUUAAGCUUUUCAAGUAUAAGUUAAUGAUCUUUCCUAUUAUGAUUAUUCAAGACUUUUACUGUAAUCUUUCCUUAUUUUCGAAGUCUUGCAGGCCUUAGGAUCAUCUAAAAGUAUCCAUGCAAGUAACAAAAAAGCAGAUUCUUCAACUCUUUUUUCUUCUCAAUGUAGAGUGUGAACAGGCUAAGAUCUGACUUUUGAAGAUGUUGGUCCUGAACAACACAUAAUUAAUUUGUGUUUAAUUGAUGGUUUAUGGAAUUGAUGCAAAUCUAGAUACU